UCGUGCACAGAGAGGCGGGGGACGGAAGAAGGCGGGCUUUCUAUGAACAGGUGCUUAAAUAUGGGACAGGUGAGGCUAGAGAGAGUGCAAGUCCAGGAGCUGCGGUCUGCCCACAUUUUCUACCUGAUCAUUCGGAAACAGGAAACCUCUCAAGAUGAUCAAAUCAGCACUGUCUGUGCUCUUGGUCCUGGUAGCCAUUUCUUCUGCUUUUGCUGCAAAAUACAUCCCCAAGAGUGGAAAGAGGGUCCCUCAGACUCUGUCCAGAGGAUGGGGUGAUCAGCUGAUAUGGGCUCAGACUUAUGAGGAGGGUCUCUACUGGUCCAGGUCAAGGAACAAGCCUCUGAUGGUCAUAUUUCACCUUGAAGACUGCCCACACAGUCAGGCGCUGAAGAAAGUGUUCUCCGAGGACAACGAGAUCCAGAAAAUCCUCGAUGAGGACUUCAUUGUCCUCAAUCUGGUGUAUGAAACUACUGACAAACAUCUGUCUCCUGAUGGACAGUAUGUUCCCAGACUCCUUUUUGUUGACCCCUCAAUGACAGUGAGGGCUGACGUCACUGGCCGCUAUGCUAACCGCAUGUAUGCCUAUGAACCAGGUGACAUCAAACUUUUGAUUAGCAACAUGCAGAAGGCUAAGAAGCUCCUAAAGUCUGAGCUGUGAGCACCAGGAGGGACACAUCCUGACCCCGAUCCACAGAUGCUGUCACCACAGUUUACAUAUGAGAAACCACGCACUGGAAAGUUUCUUCUUUUCACCUUCACUUGAAAUGUUUUGUUCCCUCUGAAUUCCUUCCUGAUGCUUGCCUUUGUUAUUAUUGCAGGAAUAUCAUUUGAAUAAAAAUGAACUGUUCAUACUGA